AUGGCGCCUUCAGCUAUCUCAUCUAGUCCGCCCUCUUCUACGUCCCUCCCCUCCUCCAUCGCCAGCUACCGCGGCUACGACCACGUCCACUGGUACGUCGGCAAUGCGAAACAAGCAGCCUCCUACUACAUCACCCGCAUGGGCUUCAAGCGCGUCGCCUACCGCGGCCUCGAGACAAACUCUCGCGCAAUCUGCUCGCAUGUCAUCCGCAACGGAAGCAUCACCUUCGUCCUCACCUCCCCUCUCCGCUCGCUAGACCAGAUCGACCGCUUCUCCCCAGAGGAGCAAGAACUCCUCACGGAGAUUCAUCACCACCUUGAGCAGCACGGCGACGCAGUCAAGGAUGUUGCGUUCGAAGUCGACUCUGUUGAGGCCGUGUAUGGUGCUGCGGUUGCGAACGGGGCCAAGGCUGUUAAGGAGCCGAAGGUGGUAGAGGACGCGGAUGGGAGGGUUGUCACUGCGACGAUUCAGACGUAUGGACAGACGACGCACACGCUUGUUGAGAAGUCGGGGUACCGGGGCGUCUUCUUGCCAGGGUAUCGGGUUGAGAGUGGGAAUGAGGAUCCCGUUGCCGCGUUGUUGCCUGAUGUACGCCUGAACCGGAUUGAUCACUGUGUUGGGAACCAGGACUGGGAUGAGAUGGAUAAGAUUUGCGAGUACUAUGAGAAGGCUCUCGGCUUCCACCGCUUCUGGUCCGUAGACGAUAAGCAGAUCUGCACUGAAUUCUCCGCCCUAAAGAGUAUCGUCAUGGCCUCACCCAAUGACAUAGUGAAAAUGCCCAUCAACGAGCCCGCCAAGGGCAAGAAGCAGUCGCAGAUCGAAGAGUAUGUCGACUUCUACAACGGUGCAGGCGUGCAGCACAUCGCCCUCCUAACCGACGACAUCAUCCGCGACAUCACGAACCUAAAAGCCCGCGGUGUCGACUUCAUCAAAGUCCCUGACACGUACUAUGAAGACAUCAAAAUCCGGCUGAAGAAGGCGGGGCUCAAGCUGCAUGAGGACUUUGAGACAAUUCGCUCCUUGGAUAUCUUGAUUGACUUCGAUGAGAAUGGGUAUCUGCUGCAGCUCUUCACGAAGCACCUUAUGGACCGGCCGACGGUGUUCAUUGAAAUUAUCCAGCGGCACAACUUCAGUGGGUUCGGUGCUGGAAACUUCAAAUCUCUGUUUGAGGCUAUUGAGAGGGAACAGGCUUUGCGAGGCAAUCUUGUUUAA